AUGUCGGGGGAUGCGUCGUUUAGAGAUUGGCGCGUCGUUCCUGUUGAAGAAUCGAGUUCCGCAAGGCGUUUGCGUGGGGUCGCACGUCACGUCGGCAUGGGGGCGAAGGAAGAGGUUCUGACUCCACCCUGCUCCGAGAGCAAGCGACAUUUCCUCCGCAACCAACCACUCUCCCGAAAUGAGCACAAUCGAUGUCCUUCUCGUCGGCCUGGGCGCAGUGGGAUCUAUGCCUACGUCCUCGAGAAAUCACAGCGAUGCAGGGUAACCGCAAUCACCCGCUCGCUCUACGACUCCAUCCAGACAAACGGCCUCACCAUCAACUCAGCCAAGUACGGCCACACCAAGAACUGGAAGCCCUAUCGGCUCGUCAGGUCUGCCGAGGAAGCCUGCGACAGGAACUACCGCUUCAUCAUCUGCUGCGUCAAGUGCUUGCCCGACGUUGAACCCACCUCAUCCAUCCUGGCCCCGUUCUUGCUGCCCUCCCAUCAGCAUCACUCUGCACAAAAUCAUCCUCCCCCGACAGUGGUUCUGAUCCAGAACGGGAUCGGGAUCGAGCAUCCGUUGGCCGAGGCCUUCCCGCUGAUCCACAUCAUCAGCUGUGUAGCCUGGAUCGGCGCCAACCUGAUCAGCACCCCACCCCCAGGCCCGGCCGGCCAACCGUCAAGGCAGUCGCUGGGCCCGGUGAUCGAGCACGGACCGCAGGACCGGCUGGUCUUCGGGCUCUACGAGGGCGAAGGCUAUGCCCAGAACUACAUCAGCCAGCCCCACGAUACCGACCCGGGGCCCUGCAACCGCUACGUCGAAGGCCUCCUGGCCGAAGAUGGAUCCCCCCUCACCGGCGAUGCCCGGGAGAAAAAACUGCAGAGCGGAAAGGAUGACGUCAAGCUGUUUCAUGAGAUCAUGGUUGCUGGCGGGUGCGAGGCUGAGGCCUUGGACCACAUCCAGCCGGCUCGAUGGGCCAAGAACCUAUGGAACGGGGCCUUCUCGACCAUGGUCUUCGCCCAACUCACCGCACCCGAAGUGCUCCCCUACACGCUCCCGGCGGUCCGAAGAACCAUGCUAGAGAUCUUGUACGUGGGCCGAGCGCUGGGUUAUCGGGAGGCCGAGUUCCCGGCCAAGCUGGUCGACGAGGCGAUCAGCUUCACCAUCCAACAGUACCAACUCAAACCUGCCCCCAAGAAGGACACAUCUCCGGCCUCCAAUCCGCCUCCCGCUCAGAAACUUCACUCGGAGUCCCAGGCGAGCACCAACGACGUCUUUGAAGAGGAUGACGAGGAUGACGAGGACGAGGCUGGGAAGGGCCCCCCGCCUAAGCCGGCUUUCAAGCCCAGCAUGCUCAUCGAUGUCGAGAUGAAUCGGCCCAUGGAGCUCGAGCCGAUCGUCGGCGCCGUCCUGGACCGGGCGCGAAGCAAGGCGAUCGAGACCCCUCGGCUUGACCUACUGUACUCCGUGUUGAAGGUCCUGCAGGAGCAGGCCGUCCGCCAACACGCGGCCAAGCUCCAAACCCAGCAGCAGGAGAAACAUCUGCAUUACUGGGCCAUGCGGAAGCCGUCUAUCGGCGGCUCCGGCACCUCCGACAGCCGCCAAGCGUGGCUCGCCGAGGUCGAGCGCCGCGCAAGGCUCGGCGAGGCCCCCGAGCCUGCCGCAAGCGCCGGCUUGCUCGCCCCGCCUUCCGUGGGCUCGCCCAUUAAGCCGCCCAUCGAACGCAAGGUCACCGGUAAACCCUUGGCCUGA